AAGGAAAAAGGAUCAGACAAAAAAAGAGGAAGAACAUAUCACGAACAAGCCUGCAAGCGAUAAACCCUAACCCCGGGGACAUUCUCUCAGCUUCUGUCGCCGCUUCAAAUGAAGUGUUCAGUUCCCCAAACAUCUGCAACUCUCCGAUCGCCAUCUCGUUUCACAAAGCUAAAUUUCGAACAGGGGCAAUGGACACUCCCAUUCAACUAUCAUUUCCUCUCCCGCGGUCGCUGGACUCGCGAAUCUACCUCCACCUAACGGUCAAGCCCAAGGCCAUCCUGCUUUUUCUCACCACGGCGUCGAUGGAAGAUGCAGGUUCACCAACACCAUUAGGGUCGUUCGUUUAUGCUCUGCCUGAUAGAUACAACCCCAGUCAACCGCUCGCAACGCCACUCUGCACGGUGGAACCGACACUCGAGUUCACCACGCGGCUGGCGAAACUGCUAGCGAGGAAAACCCAGCGGCCGACCUAUGUAGGCAACUCCAUAAGUUUUGCGAGCACCGGAUUGGGCGGCACUGUGGAAGAGGAGAUGGACGCGUUUAAGAAGGUUGUCGAGGUCACUCUGUCCCAGUUGCAGCCUGUCAUCGAGGCAGCCCAAGCUCCCUCUAACGGCACCGGUUUGGAAUAACCAGUCCAUGAUACGAGUCCAACUCUGAUAAUCCAUGGCCGUAUAUCCGAUGGAGUAAGACACGGAGCGAGCCAUCAGUCAACAACCUUGAUCGGUCGAAGGCAACCUCAAAACAGUCCGACAGCAUGUUUCACCGAAUAGUGCACAUGGCCGGAAGAGUGCUGCACCAUUUAAUGUCCGAAGACAGCUUUUACGAUUCUAGAAUUGGGUCUGCGAUGACAGGGCCCUUCAUGAUGAA